UGGAAACAAAUAAUAAAACAUUGAUUGGCGAGCGUUUGCUAUAAAAUUCGACCGGUAACCAAAUACACUCGUCGAGUCAAGUGAAAAUGCAGACACGUCUAGCCACAUUCGCUCUUCUUUUUUCUUUGGCAGUCACCCUAGGAUGGGCCGGCCCUAUAGGAAAGGCCCUUGUCGAAAGGGAUCCGGAGUACAACCCGGACCUGUUUGAGGGAGACAUUAUGGGUGUGUUACCCGGAGACCAGCCGAGGAACGCAGUUCGUGAUCCCGAUUUGCUUUGGCCCAACGGUGUUGUCUACUACACCGUCGGCUUGGGAUUCAGUGCCGAAGAACGUGCAACUCUUGACGAGGCCUUCGCCCUCUACGAAGCAAACACCUGCAUCACUUUUGUAGAGCGAACGAACCAGAGAGAUUACGUCUCCGUUCAAAAGACUGGUGGCGGGUGCUACAGCUACGUCGGUAGGACCGGUGGAGCUCAGACUCUCUCACUAGACGCAAGUUGUUUCCGUUGCACAGCCACCGGAUGCAAAACGGGAACACCGCAACAUGAAUUCUUACACGCCCUUGGAUUCCAUCACGAGCAAAGCCGGUCGGAUCGUGACGAUUACGUAACUAUCAACUACGACAAUAUUCAGCCUGGCAAGGAAAACAACUUUAAGAGCUACAGCCAACUCGAGAUCCAACAUUUGGGAGCUCCAUAUGACUAUGGUUCCGUGUUGCACUAUUCAGCAUACGCUUUCGCCGUUGAUCCCAGCAUUCCGACUAUUAUCGUACCAGACGGCGUCUCCAUUGGACAGAGAGAAGGUUUUAGCGAGGUUGAUAUAUUCGAAGUGAACACCUUGUACGGAUGCGCUGCUAAAAACCAGAAAAAAUAGGCCGGACCCGGACUCGUUCAUCAAUCAAUCGAAUUUCUUUCCCCCUGAUUUGUUUAACUGGAUUAAACAUAUGACUUUGCAUAUCCUAAAGCAUAACUUUCAUGAGGUUUACAAUACACACAUAUUCUAUAUCAUAA